AUGUCGCAAAGUCGUCCCGGAGUCUUUGCGGGCCUACGCAUGGGUGAAGUCGUCCGUGAAAAGGUCCAAGAUGGCUUGACCGGCGAGACCAAGGAAAUGCAAUACACCCAGUGCAAGAUCGUGGGAAAUGGCUCCUUCGGUGUCGUAUUUCAGACGAAAAUGUCCCCCAGUGGUGAGGAUGCUGCUAUCAAGCGAGUCCUCCAGGAUAAGCGGUUCAAGAAUCGUGAAUUGCAAAUCAUGCGCAUUGUACGCCAUCCUAACAUUGUCGAAUUGAAGGCUUUCUACUAUUCUAACGGAGAGAGGAAAGAUGAAGUCUACUUGAACCUGGUCCUUGAAUACGUUCCUGAGACGGUCUAUCGGGCUUCGCGGUAUUUCAACAAAAUGAAAACGACCAUGCCAAUGCUCGAGGUCAAGCUUUACAUCUACCAACUUUUCCGUUCGCUCGCCUACAUCCAUUCGCGAGGAAUUUGCCACCGAGAUAUCAAACCUCAGAAUCUGUUGCUUGACCCAAGCACGGGCAUACUUAAGCUAUGUGACUUUGGCUCAGCAAAGAUUCUGAUUGAAAACGAACCAAACGUUUCCUACAUCUGCUCUCGCUACUACCGAGCCCCGGAGUUGAUCUUUGGUGCCACAAACUAUACCACAAAAAUCGAUGUGUGGUCGACUGGGUGCGUGAUGGCUGAGUUGAUGUUGGGACAACCUCUGUUCCCUGGCGAAUCUGGGAUCGAUCAACUAGUGGAAAUUAUCAAAGUGCUGGGCACUCCGACCCGAGAACAAAUUCGCACCAUGAACCCCAAUUAUAUGGAACACAAAUUCCCUCAAAUCAAGCCUCAUCCCUUCAACAAGGUCUUUCGACGAGCUCCCCAUGAGGCCAUUGAUCUCAUCUCCGCUCUCCUAGAAUACACACCCACACAGCGACUCCGGGCAGUCGAAGCCAUGUGCCACCCCUUCUUCGAUGAGCUGCGUGAUCCCAACACUCGAUUGCCAGAUUCGCGACACCCUAGCAAUUCACCUCGAGAACUUCCUAAUCUUUUCGACUUUUCACACCAUGAACUUUCAAUUGCCCCUGAGUUGAACAGUCGGCUGGUCCCCCCUCACGCAAGAGCUGCUUUGGAGGCUCGUGGACUGGAUAUCGACAACUUCACACCCCUUCCGCAGGAAGAAAUGCGAGCCAAUCUCGAUUGA